AAAUAAUAUUUAUUUAAUAAUUACUUUUAAAUUAGUUGUGUGUAUCCAUUUUCUUUUUUGACAAUAUCAACGGUGCGCAUAAAACAGUCCAAGAGGUGUAAUAAUGGCCAUAUGCAUGAGAACUAUUCAACAGCUUAGUGGAGUGGCCAAGAGGUUUCCAAAUGUGACAUGGAGUUGCCUAAGUAAGAGCUAUUUACACACAUCUGCUCAGCUGCAAGACAGCACGACAAGCGAUAGAGUCUCACCUGAAAUGAAACGGACUUCAACUGAUGAGAAAAUUGCCAGAAAAAAAACUUAUUUGAAAUAUAAUCUUAUUAAAUAUGAGCCAAGUAAAGAAGGGGAAGAACUCCGUCCAGCUGAAGUUGUCCACCAGAAAGAGUUCAUACUGAUAUCUCCUAAAAAAAUGUGGUACCCAGCAGUAAUGAUCAGAGGAAUGUCGAUAGAUGAGGCAAUAAACCAGUGCGAGUUCAGUGGCAAAUCAGCAGCCAAAGUUAUCAGAGAUGUUCUUAAAGAGGCACAGAGACUGGCUGUCAGUUCUUACAAUGUGGAAUUCAAAUCGAACCUUUGGGUUGCGGACUCCUUCGUUGAAAAAUCUGGAAAGCUGACCAGUGUCCGCAGGAAAGCCAGAAACAAGGCCACAAAUAUUGAAUGCACAGCAUCUCGAUAUGUUGUACGGCUUCGUGAAGGUCAGCCACCGGAACAUUAUUAUCCACCUGUUCCUACAGGACAGGAGAAGUUGGCAGAGUAUAUCACUGACCAAAGGAGGAGACGUAUCUUUCAUGGGUUGUAGCAUCAGUGAUGUGGAAGAAUGUUCAUCUUGUGACAUGUAUUCAUUUGUAAAGUAUUUGAUUUGUGACAAGUUUGUGCACAAUUUGUCUUGAAUUAUGCAUUGAAAUAAAACUUAAGCUCUCAA